AUGAUCGUCAAAGCGAAUGUAUCGCAGACUCUGGAGUUGAAAAAAAUCCAAGAUGAUAUUGCUUACUUCUUCGGUCUAAAACUGAAGGACGAGCCAAGUGAAAGAUUGCAGAAGGAUCCGAGUGAGAAGAUUCUCAUAAUAUUGGACGAUCUGCGGAAUAAACUUGAUUUGAAGGCAGCCAGAAUUCCUUCGGGAGACAAGAGCAUGAAAUGCAAAUUGCUGCUAACAUUGAGAUAUAAAGAUGUGCUGGAGAAAGAGAUGGGUACCGAUCGAACAUUUCUUCUUCAAGGUUUAAGGGACGACGAAGCUUUCAGGCUAUUUGAAAGCGAGGUCGGCGACCAGCUCAAUGAGGAAUUGAAACCACUAGCGUAUCAAGUGGUCAAGAAGCUCGAAGGUUUGCCUCUUUUGAUUAUCUCUGUCGCACGCACUUUGAAAUAUAGCCAAUUGCCCGCAUGGAGAAACAUGUUGAUAAAAAUAGAGGACUCAAAUAUAGAAACCAUAGUGCAGUUGAGUUACGAACAUUUGGAGAGCAAGGAUGCUAGGUCUUUAUUCUUGCUCUAUGGUCUCAUCGGCGGGACCAUUCCGGUUGAACUUCUACUGGGACUAGGCAUGGGCUUGGGCUUGUUUGAGUGUUACAGUAAGACUAUAAAAGAUUCAAGAGAUAGACUGAAAACUACGCUCGAUAGCCUCCAUUCCAUUUGUUUGUUGCAGGAUGGCGACGAUGACAAGGAAAACGUGAUCAUACAUGAUCUUUAUAGCGAGGUGGUUGUCUCAACUCCAUUUAGCGAUCAGAAUUCUUUAAUGACGAACAGCAAAUAUGGCUUAUGGUCAAAGGAAAAGCUUGAGAAAUGUUGGGCUAGAUUCCUAGCUGAUGUUGACAAAAAGAGGCUUGAUGAACUAAUGAAGUGUCAGUUUCUUUACUUGAAGAUACUCAUGUUGUCUCAACCAGAAGACUGGUUUCGGGUGCAAGAAGAUGAACAUGAAGUGGAAGAUUGCUCGGAACUACUAGAUUUCACAUACAUGAAGGAGCUCCGUGUCCUAUAUUUUCGCUCCAUGCAUAUCGCUAGUUUACCUUCCUCGAUUGGAAUCCUUGGGGACCUCCACUCUUUAUACUUAGACGAUUGCAAUGUGGAGGAUGUGACAAUUCUUGGCAAGCUCAAAGCAUUGCAAAUUCUCAGCUUCGCACGAUCCACCAUUCCUAGGUUGCCUAAAGAAAUUGGGAAACUUACAAAUCUGAGAUCGUUGAAUCUACGCGAAUGCUACAAGCUUAAAACAAUUGAGUCUGGUGUCCUGAAAGGCUUAACCAACUUGGAAGAGUUACAUAUUUACAGCUUUUCUCAAUGGAUGGUUAAGGAUCGUAUACCAUCAGAAUCAUGUAAUGCUAGGCUUGCCGAGUUGAAGAGCUUGACUAAGCUAUCCGCUCUGGCAAUAUCAAUCCCUAAUCCAACCAUACUCUUGAAGGAUGGUGACCUGCCAUUUGGGAACCUGGAUAGAUUUGAGAUCAACAUAGGACUUGUUGUCGGGUUGAAAUUUAAAGAUUUAAGAAUCAUGGAACUCAAAUUGGAAGGUUGUGAGAGUAUUCUUUCAAAAGAAUGGGUUCAGAAAACUCUGCAAAAGACUCAGCACUUAACUUUAUGCAAGUUGAGUGAGUUCAAAAGGAGUGCUCACGAAUUGUGCACCCAAGGAUUCGAAGAACUGAAGUACAUCAACAUUGAAGACAGGCCCUCAAUCAAGUACUUUGCCAAUUCAUCCGACGGCCUCCCACUCACUGCUUUUAGGAAGUUAGAGUCUUUGAUGCUCAAAAAUCUUAUUAAGUUGGAGAAGAUAUGCAAUGGUCUCGUCACACUAGAGUCCUUCAGCAAAUUGAGAGUCAUUGGGGUCACACAGUGCGACCGAUUGAAAUAUUUGUGGUCUCUUUCAGAUUGGCAAAGACUUGUACAACUGGAAAAAAUUGAAGUGUGGAAAUGUAACUCAAUGCAAUCCAUUGUCACACAUGAUGUGGGAGAAGGUAUAGUUUCUACCAAUAACAGAGUUGAGUUGCCUAAAGUACGCCAUCUGAACUUGUUUGAGUUACCAAAUUUGACAAGUUUUUGCACCAAAGUUGAAAUCACAUCAGAGGAUACUCCAGUCCAGGCGGAGAUUGUGGAUGAAGGAGGAGGAGAUGAAGGGACAGAGUUAGUAACCACCACUUCAGAUUUACAAAUACUUAUUCAGAUUCCUUCUUCGGUAGAAUGCUCAGGAAGUUGUUCAUAUGAUUUCGCCUCCUUAGAAGAUCUAAAAAUUGUGGGGUGCCGUAACUUUGGAGCUUUCAUCCUAAGUCCUACAAAUGUCAAGAGACGGUUAGGCGAGAUGGCUGAAGAAAAUGAUGAAUUGCCACAACUGUUGUUCAAUGAGAUGGUUACAUUUCCUAAUAUAACAAGUCUAGAAAUUAAUGGCCUUCGAUGCAAAGAGCUAUGGAACAAUCAAAUUCCCCCCGAAUCCUUUCAGAAGUUGGAAUCUCUUGAGUUGAAUAACUGUGAUAAUCUCCAACGUAUUGUCACUUUUUAUAUAUGGAAGAAGCUGCAGUGA